AUGGGGGGCGCGCACCACAGCGCGGUAAGAGGACUAGGUUACUGGAUACAGCGGCAGUCCAUCCAAAACCAGCUCUAUGCGCAGCUGUCUCUUCGCAGCGCGUUUCAGGCCUACGCUGAACUCCCCAAAUACGUUUUCUUCCAGGCUUCCAUUGCCGACGCUACUGGGGUUCCCGCACCUCAGUUGGCUCUGCAGGUUCCCGCGCCUCAGCUGGCUCUGCAGGUUCUUGGUUCUCGGGACUGUCCCUUUGGUCGGCGGCUGGAGCUGCGCAUCAGGGACAGGCUUGUUGAUAUGCCACGCCUGUCAGCUGGAUGGAACAUCCUGGCAAAGGAGAAAUGCUCACUAACAGGGAUGCUUUACUUACUGUGCUUACAACUCACUCACUCUCUCUCUCUGGCAGUGUGUCUGGGUGCUCAUGGGAGAUAUGCUCAGAAGUUGUUGACUGAUUUGUUUGCUAACUACACCAACGCUCUGAGACCGGUAGAGGACACAGACCACAUCAUCAACGUCACAUUGCAGAUCACCCUCUCACAGAUCAUUGACAUGGAUGAGCGGAACCAGAUCCUGACCACGUACCUGUGGAUCCGGAUGGUGUGGACGGACGCCUACCUCACUUGGAAGAAGGAGGACUACGAUGGUCUCGAUACCAUCCGCAUACCUAGUAGUUAUGUAUGGAGGCCUGAUAUUGUCCUAUAUAACAAUGCUGAUGACCAGUUCUCCAGCUCUAUGGAGACCAACGUGGUGAUCCGUAACGACGGACAGAUCAUGUGGGACCAGCCGGCCAUCAGUAAGAGCUCGUGCUCCGUGGAUGUGUCCUUCUUCCCAUUUGAUGCCCAGCAGUGUCGCCUAACCUUCGGCUCCUGGACACACAACGGCAACCAGAUGGACCUGGUCAAUGCCCUAGACAGCGCUGACCUGGCUGACUUUGUGGCCAACGUAGAGUGGGAGGUUCUGGGUAUGCCAGCCAAGAAGAACGUGAUCCUGUAUGGCUGCUGCUCAGACCCCUACCCAGACAUCACCUACACCCUGCACCUGAAACGCAGGGCCUCCUUCUACAUCUUCAACCUACUCAUCCCCUGCAUGAUGAUCUCCUUCCUGGCCCCAUUGGGCUUCUACCUGCCGGCUGACUCUGGGGAGAAAGUGUCCCUGGGGGUCACUGUGCUGCUGGCCCUGACCGUGUUCCAGCUGCUGGUGGCAGAGAGCAUGCCACCCUCGGAGAACGUACCACUCAUAGGGAAGUACUACAUUGCUACCAUGACGAUGAUCACCGCAUCGACCGCCCUGACUAUCUUCAUCAUGAAUAUCCAUCACUGUGGUCCGGAGGCGCGUCCCGUCCCUGAGUGGGCCCGCCGCUUCAUCCUGCACUACCUGGCACGGAUCUGCUUCGUCUUCGAGGUGGGAGAGAACUGCUUCACUGGCACCCCCAAGAAACAGGCCCCGCCUGAGCCCCCACCCGACCACAAUACCAACCCCCAAACUGGAGGUACUAACUGGGAUGUGAACGGGCAGGCCUGGGGGGGCAUGGAAGGGAGGGGUGAAGAGGAAGUGGGAGGGGUGGGCGUAAAGACUCCAGAAGAGAAAGAGGAGGGGAAUAGACUGGAUGUGAAGAAAGGGUCAUACCAAAUGUUUGAGCCCAGUAGGUGGAAAGACGACCUGUUUGUAAGUAUAGAUGCAGAAGAGGAGGAAGAGGGAGCAGCAGGAAGAGAGAAGGGAGAAGGAGGAGAGGCAGAAAUAGAGAAGCGUUUCAGAGGAAAAAUUGGGUGCAUGGGAGGGGCAGAGGAAAAAAGAGGCAAAGGUGGAGGAGGAGGAGGAGGAGAUAGAGGAGGUGCAAGAGGAGGAGGAGAGAGAGGCUGCGUGGAAGGAGGAGGUGAAAGAAGGAAAGGAUCAUUAGGAGGUGCAGAGGAUAGGGGUAGGAGGGAGGUGGUGGUGAGCGUCCAGUGUGUGUGUCAGCACCAGGCGCUCCGCAGGAACAUAGAGUACAUCGCCAGCUGCUAUCAUGACCAGCGUUCCACUCAGAGACGUACGGGUGAGUGGAGGAAGGUGGCCAAGGUCAUGGACCGACUCUUCAUGUGGCUCUUCUUUAUCAUGGUCUUCCUCAUGAGCCUCCUCAUUAUGGGCAAGGCCGUCUGAGCACGUGCAGAGAGCAGAGGGAGAAGACUCCAGGUACAAGUGACCCUCAGGCACAGAUCUAAGAUCAGAUCCUACCCUUCCCAAAUACUGACCUUAACCAUUAAGGAGGAUCCCAAACUGACCUUAGAUCAGUGUCUAAUGGUAACUUUAUCCUACUCCGAGGGGCAGUAGGCCAACUAAACCAUUCAGUUUUUACCACAGGAGAUACUGUGUGUGGGAUUUUGUAUGUACUGUAUACUAGCUGUUAAU